GUUAGUAAUUAAAAUGUCUGUAAUAGAAUUCGUUUAUUAUUCAUCACCUCUAGGUACGGCACGAAGAUGUGCCGACGAGUACAUAAUUAAUUGAUCACAGUAUACAUUAUGCAUCUAAAUGCACUUGCAAGCAGAAAUCGUAAAGGGUAGUAAUGGGUUCAAAAUCUAAAAUACUCCUGAAACUGUAUAAUUUUGCAGUUUUUGUUGGCAGUCAGCGGUAGCACGAGGGCGAACGGUCUGCCGCAUUGGAGGACAAAAAUCGUACCCGCAUGGGUCUACAUUAAAUUUUCUUACGUAUAAUUAAGAGUAUGGCAGCAAAGAUGCAGCAUUUCGAUCCGCCAAGCUCAGCAAGUUCUGACAGCGAGGAUAGAGAAAUUUGCGUGGACGAAAGAGAAAUUUUUCUAGCUGAUGAGCUCUGCGAAGAUGCUGAAUAUUAUAAACGUUCCGAUAUCGGAAUUCCUACACCGCAAUCUCCGAGGCCACCUUCAAGAGAAUCAAUGAUUUGGAGUACUUGUAUUUGGCAAUCAAGAUGUAAUUGGCGCACUGAAGUAGAAACCUUCUGUAAUUUGAAGAAGUCUAAAUGUUCCAAAAGAUCUCAGAGAUCUCCAAGAUCAAGAAGGCAGCGUACUACCAGUUUAACACAGUCCAGUAAGAAGACCUCUGCAGAGUCCAUCCUUAGAAGUAAGACAAGAACAAUAUACACAGCUGGUAGACCACCAUGGUAUAAUUCAGCUGGACAACAAGUAGAACCUUUUGUGAUAGGUAUUUGCGGGGGUAGCGCAUCUGGUAAAACUACAGUUGCAACAAAAAUCAUAGAAUCUUUGGAUGUACCAUGGGUCACGUUACUUAGCAUGGAUUCAUUCUACAAAGUAUUAAACGAAAAGCAGCACGACAUGGCAGCGCGUAACGAAUACAAUUUCGAUCAUCCUGACGCUUUUGAUUUCGAACUUCUUAAGACGACUUUACAGCGUUUGAAGGAGGGUAGAAUGGUGGAAGUUCCUAUUUAUAAUUUUGUAACACAUAGUAGAGAAAGUAGAACUAAAACAAUGUACGGUGCCAAUGUUAUUAUAUUUGAGGGAAUAUUCACUUUCUACAAUGUCGACGUUUUGAAGAUGUGCGACAUGAAGGUGUUUGUUGAUACUGACGCUGACGUGAGGCUUGCACGAAGAUUACGUAGAGAUAUAUCUCAAAGAGGAAGGGAUUUGGAGGGUGUAUUAAAGCAGUACAGUACUAUGGUGCAACCCGCUUUUUACUAUUAUAUAGCUCCCCUAAUGGUACACGCGGAUAUUAUUGUUCCACGCGGUGGAGAAAACGAGGUCGCGAUAGAACUUAUUGUACAGCAUGUACAUACUCAGCUUCAAUUGAGGGGUUUCAAACUCAGAGAAAAAUUAGCCCACUCGUCUAUCGGUCAGCCACUACCCUCUUCUCUUUACUUGCUUCCAGACACACCACAAAUUAAGGGUCUGCAUACAUUUAUAAGGAACAAAGAAACGUACAGAGAUGAGUUUAUAUUUUAUUCCAAGCGUUUAAUACGUUUGGUCAUCGAGUACGCCUUAUCUCUUUUGCCAUUUGAGGACGUGACCGUAGAAACCCCUCAGGGUGUAUUGUAUCCCGGAAAACGCGGGGCCACAGAUAAGAUAUGUGGUGUCUCUAUUUUACGUGCCGGUGAAACCAUGGAACAAGCUGUUAGAGAUGUAUGUAAAGAUAUAAGAAUAGGAAAGAUACUUAUACAAACGAACCAACAAACUGGAGAGCCGGAGCUCUAUUAUCUCCGGUUACCCAAGGAUAUUAAAGACUACAGGGUAAUACUAAUGGACGCAACGGUGGCAACAGGUGCUGCUGCCAUCAUGGCAAUCAGAGUUUUAUUGGAUCACGAUGUUGCCGAAGAGAAUGUGUUACUUGCAUCUUUGCUUAUGGCAGAAUCUGGUGUACACUCAAUCGCCUACGCGUUCCCACGCGUUAAAAUUGUUACUUCCGCCCUGGAUCCUGUGAUAAACGAGAAAUUUUACGUUUUACCCGGUAUCGGUAAUUUUGGAGAUCGGUACUUCGGUACCGAGCCAUCUUCUCUCGAAGAUUAACACGGUUCAAAAGGAUCUGAUUCAUGAAUCUACUUAAUUAUUUAAUCUCUGUUGUUAUAAAGCAAAUGCAGUAAUUCCAUGUAUCUUUAAUAAAAAGUUGUGUUAUACCCGAGGAACGUGGGCAACAUCCGUGCUGGUCGAGCAGCAUAUGUGUCAAUACAAGUGCAAAUUAAUUCGACGAAUCGAAUGAAGUUUUAUUUACUAAAUUUUUUGGAGUUAAAGCGGCGUUGUGUCGACGUUGGAGCCAACCUCGCCUCCCUCAGCAGUGGCACCCGUACUGCGUAAUUGUCUGUAACCUCGUGAACUUGCUCGACGGGAACGUCGCCAAGAAUCCAAGUUCACAGAAUUGGCGUUGUUUGACUGUCCAAGAAGAUACGUGACCAGUCGAUCAAGAGCGGCCAAGUCCUCUUUCGUGCUAACGGAAUUUUCUAAUCCAUCUGCUGGACGAAAACCAUCGGAUCCAGUAGCUUCUUUGAGUUCAGUGUUCGCAAUGUUGCUUACACUACCAGCGGUGUGGCGACCAAGUUUUGGCGUGAACUGUAACAAUGGUAUUCGACGCAAGUGUUUGUAUUAAGUUUUUGAUUUAUGUAUCAGUGAAUUUAAUUGGUUGUGUAAUUAUAUUAUUAUCAUUAUUUGUUAUAGAAUGCAUAAAAUAUUUAUGUUACCUCUUCCGGGCCGUGUUGGCCGUAGCUCACUCUUUGAACCUUGCGAAACGUCUCGUCGUCUGCGGCUUCUCGCAAUGCUUCAUUUAACGUUUGCUCUAAUGCGCGUUGUUUCGUUUUACUCAGACCAUCGUAAAAACUGCCGCAGAUGAUUAUUUUUAAUAUCGUGAAAUUUUUACACGAAUGCAAAAUAGUCUCGAAUUAAACGAUCAAAUUAAAAAAUCAAAUAAGUACAGAAAUAUUCAUUCGUUUGGUUGUGUUAAUUUGUUCGUUCAACUCGAACAUCACGUGGUCUGAAAAUAUUUCUGUUACCUCGAGUCUACCGAGCUGUUAUCUCGUGAAAUAUUCUUAUCACGAACCAGCCGGAUAUCGUGCUCCCAAAAGCGACGUAAUUCCGGUGUAGAUGUGUACGGUGCAGCUACUUCUUUAAUCUAGAAGAAAACCAUAAUUCGUACUGUGAAUGGUAUUGUACCAGCUAAACGAAAAGAGAAAUAUUAUACGAUAUAUUUAGAAACA